UGGCAGGUGUUCGGGCCACCUGGACCAACUGCCAGUCUCAGGCUUUAAAGGGGUGCUAUUAUGCUUUUUCGUUUUUUCCUUGUCCUAUCGUGGAUUACAUAGCUUUUUGUGUAUGUAAAUGGUCGGCAAAGACACAAUAUCAAAAGUAACCACUAGGGGGGAGUAAAUGAAUAUCGCAAAGACAGACUACUGAGCUGCCUAGAAACGCCUCGAUGCGAAUUUCAGCCGUUGCUUUAUUUUAGUUCCGGUACGAGGUGACGUAACCUCGUACUUUUGCUGGGAGUAAAUGGGACAGCGUCAUCAGAUGAUUUCACAGUCAGUCUAGAACAGUUCGAUUUCGCGUUUCUCAGCAAGUAAAGUUUCGGUUAGCAAUGGGUAGAAGGUGUUUUCUUCGUUGUGAAGGGACGUCUCCCUUGUAUGCUUUGCCAAAGGCAGAGCCUACACGUACCUGUUGGCUAGAGUUUAUUUUUAACUCUAUUCCCCCAACUUUACCGACCAUUUUUCUGUGUCCCCGUCACUUCACGGAUGGCUGCUUCAGCAACCUGCGUUUGUUCAGCACAGGAUUUGCGAAGCUGCUUGCUCUGAGGGAAGAUGCUGUUCCAACUUUGUGUGGCCCUAUGGGUGAAGAUGUCGCUCGACAUGACUCCAGUGCCCCAUAUAGCCCCUUCCAGCACGUCGGAUGUCAGACCGACUCUCCUCAGCUUAUUUCGGCGGGAACCCAGACAAGUAACACCGUGGGAAUGCAUUCUGUGGGAGUACAAAGUGCGCCAUUGAAGACGACUUCAGUCGGCACACAGUUGUCCAUGGGAUCGCUGAAAACGGCACACAUGAGAAGCAAAGGUAUCCAGACAAAGCUGCCUCUUCUCAGUGUAGGCACUGGAAUAAUUUCUGGUAUAGACUCACCACUGGCGUCUACACCAAUAAAGGGCCCAGGCUGUCGACCUAGCAAGAGACCACGGCUUGAGUUGGAGGACGAGGAGGAGAGCGACUCCUCAAAUGAAUUUCAUAAGGAGCCUCUGGACUCGACUUACAACCCUGGAGAUUCUGUACUUACAGAGGAAUCUGACAUCUCGUUUGAGACACAGUCCACACAUGAUGAGGAAAAGUAUAUUGUUUUUGAAAGCUGCCUCAAACAGCUGUUUGAAAACUGUCCAGUGUGUAAGAAGGGCUGUAAUCUCCAACGACGAAGGAUGGGAACCUAUGUGGCUUUCACUCAGCGAUGUCCACACUGCAGUUACUUCAGAGAGUGGGAGAGUCAGCCCAUGGUUGGAAGUACCCCUGUCGGCAACCUACAACUUUCUGCGGCUACCUACUUUACAGGGACCUCCUUCAUCCAACUGGAAAAGCUGUGCAAGGCCAUGCAACUCCAGAUAUUUCAGUAUGACACCUUCAGAAGGCAUGCAAGGAAUUACAUGGAACCGGCUAUUGUUCACAAGUGGAAGAUGGAUCAGCAGAGUCAUUUCCAGCAUCAAUUGCACCUUGGUGGGGUGGUUGCAGUAGGAGGAGACAUGAGGGCUGAUUCUCCAGGGCACUCCGCAAAGUUUGGCAGCUACACUCUAAUGAAUCUGGAGAGCAACACCAUUAUGGACAUCCAACUUGUUCAGAGCAAUGAAGUAGGUGGCAGCUAUCAUAUGGAGAAGGAAGGACUGAAAAGAUGCCUAGAUCAUCUGGAGUCGAAUGGAUUGAAGGUGGAUUACAUUGUGACAGACCGUCAUCCACAGAUCCAGAAAUUUCUGAGGGAACGCAGCGUAACUCAGUUCUAUGACGUUUGGCACUUUGAGAAAGGUUUGUCCAAGAAACUUGAGAAAGCUUCGCACAAUGAAGACUGUGAUGUUCUGAAGAAGUGGCUACAGAGCAUCAAAAACCAUGUCUACUGGUGUGCCACGUCAUCAAGCACUGGACCAGAAAAGGUGGCAAAAUGGACAUCACUGCUAAACCACCUACAAAAUGUUCAUGUUCAUGAAGACCCCCUUUUCCCCAAAUGUCUGCAUCCCGACCACGUCUCAAGGGACCCUAGCAAAUGGUUACAACCUGGAUCAGUUGCACUUCACAAAGCUGAGAAAAUACUGCUCAACAAGAGAGUCCUGAAGGAUGUAGAGAAACUCAGCCACCAUCACCAGACCUCAUCGCUAGAGUCCUUCCACAGCCUGAUACUACGUUUUGCACCAAAGAAUGUAGUUUUCCCCUUCAUGGGAAUGUUGUGCAGGUUGUAUCUAGCAGCAAUGCACCACAAUGAAAAUGCUAUGCGGGAGCAAGCCACAACAUCUACAGGACAGGCCGUUUUCAAGGUUGUUUUUCCAAAGGCGAAGAGGGGGGAAGGCAUUGUGAAGCCCGUGAAAACAAAUCCAACCUUCAACUAUGUACGUGAACUCACGAGGCUGCUCAUGCAGGAAGUUUUUGAGGACCCUACAGCUUACAAAGCUGCGAUAGGCAAGAUGCCUCAAACGCCUGAAGGGACAAGGCACAGUUCUCUGUUCAACUGUUUUCAAAUGAAGAGUUUGGUUCCAAAACGCUACAUCGACCAUUUUAAAGAACUUUGAUAAAUAAUUAUUAUUUUUUUACAAUUUGUUUUGCAAGUAAUUUCAGUAGAACUGUAAUUGGGCAUUAAUUGAUUUACCUUUACUCAAUCAAAACAACAAAACAGCAAGUUGACUGAUAUUAUCUGAAAUACACAAUUGAAUAACAUGACUUUUUAAUGUUUUUAAAAAUGGAGAUAUAGCAUUUUGAAACCAAACUCUUCAAAUAUUACCUCAAAGGUUCAUAGUCUAUGGAAGAAGCUAUGCACUAUUGUCAUCAAUGUUUACAUGCAUACAAAUUACAUAAGAAUAAUGCUUUUGUUUUGUUUAGUAAGAGCUUAUUACAGCCAAAGUAACUUACUCUUCUUCUGUUCUGUGCCUAACAGGUCCGUAAUCAUAUUUGUAAAUUGUAAGUUGUAGAUAUUUUGCAGACUGUAUGGGUUUAGACACACAGGUUCUAGGCCUGGAUGUUCUGUCAUGCACAUUAUGGGUAUUGGCACUUGGCUCAUUCGUCUUACUACCUAAUAAAGAAAAUAAGACAAGAACUA